CUUAAUUUGAUUGGGACAAAUAUUUGUUGUCAAAUUGAGGUUAUGUGUGUGCGAUUGUUGACACGAUUGAAAUGGAUUCCCAAAAAAUAACAUUUUGUAAUGAAAUCUCGUUAAUGAUGUUUGGUUUCGGCGACAGUCACAAACCGAAUCCCGAAACAGUGCGUUUGGUAGAAAGUAUCGUUUUGAAGCAACUUCGCACGAUUGUUCAAGAAGCCCUCAAGUACUCCGACGGUAAGAACCUCGAGGGCAAGGAAUUAGUGUUCCUAAUGCGUCACAAUAAACACAAAAUGCGGCGCUUUGUCCAGUAUUUAAAAAACAAACAACUUAAACAACAACUCCAGUCUUUGAACUCCGGGGUCAUUGAAAUUGACAAAGACCCCAUACCAAAGAACGAACUAAUGAAAUUUAUCGAGGACAUAGACGAGACAGGAGAAUUUACGGAUUUAUCUGAAGUUGAUGAAGUCAAACAGUCAAGGAUGCUGAGAGCUGAUAGAAUAUCACAAGCUCUAGAUGAAAAGAGCUAUUUGGAGUUUAACAAAGCGAGAUCCACGUCGUUUUGUAGUAGAGAUAUUACAGCCAGAAAUUCAGAAAUAUUGAAAUUAUGGAUUGACCCAAAAAAAGAAAUUAACUUUAAGCCUAAUGCUAUGGUAGUUUUGUCCUAUUUGGCGUAUCAAACCGUGGCUGAAAUUACUGAUUACGCAUUGCUUGUUAGAAUGGAGGGCAAGUGUGGGAGUGAUCCCCUAAACCAUUUGUAUGGGAAUUAUUACACAUCCACGAUGUUCAACGGGGAUUAUAGGAUGGGGGCUGGUGAUAACAAUAAUCCAGACUAUAGCAGGGUUUACAGUGGACAACCUCCGAUUAGUGUCAAUGAAAUUAAAGAAGUCAUGAGAAGAAUUCAUUGUCCACAAGCAGGGAAGUUGAAUUUUGGGGGCAAACUGCCAGACACACAUUUUCUAUUUGCUCUCUAACACAAUGUAUUAAGAUUAUUUUUUAUUAAACAAUCAAUAU